AGUGCCCACUGAUGACUCUGCUCUGCUGCUGAGCUCUUCCUCCUGCCCCUGCCCCUGCCCCUCCCCCCUCCUAGUGCUAUGUAUAAAGGAAGCAAAGCAAUCCAUGGAGACCCAACCAUCAAUCCCAUUUCCCUCCCAUCUAGGCAGUCAGCAGGCAGUAGGCAGUAGGCUGCAUCUCAAUCUCCAUCUACACGACUGCACUCCUGCUCCUACUCCUACAGGAAACACACAAGAAAAGAAAAGAAAAGAUGAUGGAGGUGGAGAGGCCGAUGUGGGAGCUCAAGGAGGAGGAGGAGGAGCCGCCGCAGCUGCUCAUGGAGGCCGAGGAGGAUGACUAUGAGGAGGAGGAAGACACCUCCGCCCUCCUAUACACUAGGGAGAGAGAGAGCAUGAGGAAGAAGAUGACGACAACGAUGGCGGACCUGGACCUGGAGAUGGAGUCCUCCGACUCCGACUCCAACGCAGCAGCAUCAGCAGCAGUAGAGGAGGAGGCGGCGGCGGCGGCCCAGCAGAGCAUCUUCUUGGAUCCAACACAAGGUCUAUGGAAGUGCCGGCACUGCGAUUGGACGCACCAACGCUUGAGUGGUCCAUGCACAGCUGAAAUAAUCCUCCACAGUCAGCAGGGACACUGCAAAAUUGCCAGCAACGUCGAUUCGUUAGUUCAGCACCAACCAUUAUAUAGUUCACCACACAAAGCCUCUGACCAUGCUACUGGGCUGGGUGCUGAAAACCAAGUUGAGAAACAGGACAAUGUCAGCGCUCAACAAACUAACCACAGUUCGAGUAAUGGCAACUUGGAAAAUGGUUCACACUCUAAUGGUGUGCAUGAGAUCUCCAGCAGCAGUGAAACCGUGACGACCAUUGCGGACGGACUCAAACUGAUCACAACCAUCCGCGAGGGCAGGCAGCACAUCUUGCCAAGUUGGAGUGGCUCUCUUGACCACGUUUCUGGUGGCAGCACGAGCACAUCUCAGGUUCAUGAAAUUGAAGUUGAGAAGGAAGUCAGUAAGGGCGACGUCAAAGUUGAAGAGUAUGAUCUUGAGAAGAUUCUGGACGAGCAAGAAACCCAUGACCUCUAUUGCCCCAACUGCAAAUCGUGCAUAACUCGAAGGGUCAUCCUUAAAAAGAGAAAGAGAACAGUAAGGCAAGAAACAGGCAAGGAACCACCAAAAAGACCACAGCUUGUAGAGCCUCCCGCCAAUGCUCCAAGCCAAACAAUCAAUCAAGACUCGCCGGAAGUAUUUAGAUGCUUGUCGUGCUUCACUUUCUUCAUCCCAACAGGUUGCGGGUUUAAUAUAUUCCGCAUAUUUGAAAGGAGGGAUGUAGACCAACAAGUUCAAUCUCAGCAUUCUUCUGCGUCUGUUGAAAAUUGUGGAAGUUGGCUUCUUUCUUGUUUCCGGACAAUAGAUAGUCCAAAGCCAUUACAUAAUGCAGAUUCAUUGGAGGAACCUCUAGUAAGUGAUUCGCAGAGGACUGACAAUAUAACUUCAGUUGAAGAGAACACACCAUUGCAUAGUGAUAACACAAUAGGUAAAGCAGAACAAUCAAACAAACCAUCACCAACUGGAUCCCAAACCACAGCUGCGACGUAUGAAGUAAAGGAGUCCUUCAGUCAAUUCCAUGCAUCAUCUAAAGACGUGACAGGAUCCACGCAAAAAGAGGCAGGACAUGUGGUAACUGUGCAGCGAAACGGAGCACGCCAAGAGCAAAUUCCUCUCUCACGGCCUGCUGUUGAUACUAAAACUGAUACCAGUCAUCUAGGCCACAAAGAAGAAUUCACGCAAACAGAAGCAGGACAUGUGGUAACUGUGCAGCGAAAUGGAGCACGCCAAGAGCAAAUUCCUCUCUCGCAGCCUUCUGGUGAUACUGCGAAUGAUUCAAUGCACCUUGGCCACAAACAAGAUAUUCUGGAAGAUAUAAUGGCGCCCUCUGAUAACAGCACAUUUUUCAGCCCAUCGUUUGUUAAACCAGUACUUACAAUCCCAAUAAAAGUUUUGCCUGGGGAGGACAACCAGACGGUUGAGAAACCAACUUCAGUUAUUCGUCAGCCAGCUGAGCCAGAAGCUCCACCUCAUAGAGUAUUGGCAGUCCCUGAGGCCGAGGCACUAGUUCCUGCACCAUCAGCUGAGAGGGAUGAAUGGGAUAUCCUGAAAGCCGUAGUGUAUGGUGGCCUUGUUGAAUCAAUCACGAGCCUCUCAGUUGUAUCAGCAGCUGCAGCAAGUGGUGCCAAGACUUUGGAUAUAUUCAUCCUGGGCAUAGCAAACCUUAUUGGUGGUCUUCCUGUACUUUACCACAAUAUUGCUGAUCUACGAAACACAGGAGAUAUAGCUGAAAGCAGUGAGCAAGUGGGGCAUUACUGGCUAGAGCUGGGAAGGCGAUCCAAGUACCAGUUGCACAUGGUGAUAGCCAUACUGUCAUACAUCCUCUUCGGGCUGCUGCCACCAGUCAUCUACGGACUGUCAUUCAGGACGAGCGACAACAGAGAGAACAAAGUGCUGGUGGUCGCUGCUGCAUCUCUCCUGUGCAUUGCGCUGCUCGCAAUCGGGAAGGCACAUGUUAAGAGGCAUAGGACAUACCUCACAACCCUCCUCUACUACCUGUCCAUUGGAUUCAGCAGCUCCGGACUGUCGUACGUCGCAGGCGUCCUCCUCGCGAAGGUCCUAGCACACUUCGGUAUCAUUGAUCAGGGUGGUGCAUCAGCUCCUGCUCCUCCAGGUCUCUCAUUCCCUGAAGCAGCCGCCUGGGCUUCCUACUGAGACUGGAGCCCUCAUUUAGUAGUUUUGAUGGUUAAAUGGAUUAUCUCAGCACACAUCUGCAUGGAGACACUAUCUGCAAUUCACACAGUUUUUAUCACAGCCCUUGGCUCUCAGAAUUCGUCUCUCUUUUUUCACAGCACUUGGCCAUAGUAUAAUCUUCAGAAUUCGUCUGUACCACAACCUUGUCAUCGUAUUUUUGACAGGAACAUGUUGUCAAUUACAAUCUCCUUUUUUCACACCAAGCAUCAUGUUAUUAGAUUGCAAUAUCACACCAAAUAUAUGAGUGAACAUCUUAUACACCA